UUGCGGGGACGGGGUGGGGCGACAUCAGUUCAUUUUAGCGGGUGUCUGAAAUAGCAGGAGUUUCUGUUGUGUAUUUCUUUUUCUUAGGUCGUUCAGCUGUGUGGCAAUCAUUUCUUUGGUUGUGUUUAGAAGCUGUUUGGCUGGGAGGUCACAUUCACUAUUCCUUUUUAUUUUAUUUUAUUUUAUUUUUUUAAUCAUCAAUAGCACUCAUUUUAAGUGCGCAAGGAAAAUUGGAGGCGUCAUGCCUAGAAUUUGGCAUCGAGAUGGUGGUUGUUCUUCUAUCGAUAGCCGUCUUGUAUCAGUCACUACUUAUGGCACAAUUCUAGCUUCCGUUUUCCUGUUCUCCUACAAUUCUUGGACCAGCGGCCAACAGCUCAAUGUUUAAUUUUCAGUGCUUCUCACUGUGCAAGAAGUUCUGAUGCAACGUCUGUGAAUAAUAUCAUUCUAGCGAGCGUUCUUUCAGUGGAGCCUUUCUCAAGACACUAAGGUGCACGUCGUAGGGAUUGGGUAUCUGUCCAGCGAGCUGAUGUGAGACAUUCUUUCUAAAGCAGGAACUGGGUCUCAAAUGUCAUCCUCGAUACGGGAGAGCUUUUCUUCCGGCAACGUGGUAUUUGGAGGACUCGCUGGUGCAAAUUCCGAGGGACUUGCAAAUGAAGAGUUUGGCAGUCCUGAAGCCAUUUCUCCUAGUAGAGAUGGCACAAAGCUUCUUCGCACCGGUCUCCAACCGUUUAGCGUAAGUUCUGCACGAGCGAUAGAGGGGUUCGACAUACGAUCACGACCUUGGCUUGAAGAGACCAGAAGCGGUGAUCUCGAUCUGGAUAGAGGGGAGCGCGGUGGAGAAGUGGAAGUGAAAGUAGGCGCUGUGUCUCCGCCAGUCGAAGAUGGUGAUUUUGAGUCUCCUCCCACCACACCGAGGUCAACUACCAGUUGUAGUCCUUUUUUGGAGUGUCCAAGUACUCCUCUUCUCAAGAGGAAACAGCUCUCUAGGCAGCAGAGUCUUAGGGACACCAAGUUGCUUCUGACUACACAUCUUAAGAGAACGGCCAGCAUAUUUAUGUUUGACAAGCACUUCGAAUACCUUCGGGAAAUUGGGCGCGGAUCAUUCAGCACGGUUUAUGAAGCUCGAGAUAGGAAAGGUGGCGCACUGUGUGCAGUAAAAAUGAGCAAAAGGGAAUUUUUUAGUCGUGUGGAUCGAGAUCGAUACAUGCGUGAGAUUCAGAGUGUUUCGUGCCUCCCUGAACAUCCGAAUGUAGUGAAUUAUUUCAGAGGUUGGCAGCAAGAUUCCCACUUCUAUAUACAGAUGGAGCUUUGUGAGGCAGGCAAUCUUCGCAUGCUCCUUGACGCGUUGAAAGAGCCUUUGGAUGAACAUCAGGUGUGGGAGUACAUAGGUCAAUUGGCUUCAGCUUUGAGUCACAUACAUAAGCAUGGAGUACUUCAUCUUGAUAUCAAGCCAGAGAAUAUUUUCAUAGAUGGCCAAGGAAACUUGAAAUUAGGCGAUUUUGGCUUAGCAGUACCAUGCAAUAUGUGGGAUUGGGAAGAAGGCGACGGGGGAUACUUAGCACCUGAGCUACUUCAAGAAGAAGAGCCCAGUCCGAUGGCUGAUAUUUACAGCUUUGGUGCCAUGGUUUACGAGUGGGUUACAGGUUUACAGCUACCUCGAUCUAGACCUGCUUGGGAAGAUAUCACUAGGAUGCCAUCCUGGCGGUCUGAAGCUCUUUGCAAAUUGGUGCGAGCAAUGUUGAAUCCGGAUCCUUUGAAGCGACCAAGUGCGGAGCAGAUUAUUUCAUAUCGAAAAAAUCAACCUGCUGUUUAGAAAAAUAUUUGGAACCAGUGCAUUGUUUGUGGGUGUAAAUAUUAUUAGUAGAAUUGCAGUUAUGAACGGUGGGUAGGAAUACUUGUAGUUGCCACUGAUAGCUGCAGCUGUUAAGUAUCCCAAUAAAUUAAAUCGGCAGUACACUACCUUUUGACUACUGGCAACUAACUCUUAUGCAUUGCCGGCUUUACACUAGGGCUGAGGUUUGCAAUUUACAAUCUCAAAGAUAGCCAAUGAGAUCCCAAAAUUGUGCGUAUCCUCAAUAUUUUUGUAUACUGAUUGGCAUGACCGUGUAGACCCGAAAGGAAUCGGAGUUCGACAAAAUAGUUUGUCUUCGACUUGAGGAAUGUUUUUCGAGCAUAGAUUGCAUACUGGCAGCUGCCCUUCAUGAA